AAUUGAAAGGAGCUGUUUAUGAUAGACCAUUUAUCUAACCAAAAAGCUUUAGCAUAAUCACAAUGAACAAAAAUAUGUAAUAUAUAUUUUGAGAAUUAGAUUCAAAAAAGGACAAUCAAUAUUUGCCAAAUUCAAAAAUCUUUUUAAGUUCUUGAAAAACAAGGAAGAGAAUUAGAGACAAUUCUCUUUAAAAAGAAUUUCAACAUUUCAUGAAUUUUCAUUUUCCAUAAAUUUUUCUAAAUCUUCAAAUUUUGAGAAGAAAAUGGUGAAACCUUGUCAAACCUUUGAACUCUGCAAAUUGAUUUGAUAUUAUAUGGUUCAUAAUAAUAUAAUGGUUGGGCUAUAACACGUAAUUCUAAGAAAACAAUGAAAUUCAUAAAUAAAAUAAAAAUUUAAGUGGAUGAUACGUAAUUAUAACAGAAUAAUAAAGAUGAUUUGCAAUUUUUUUUUUUUUUCCCCAAAAGAAGACAGGUCAGGUGCGAUGCACGUGACAAAAAACCCCCAAUCUCAAAACUGGCGGGAAUCCUGAUUGUCGAACUUGGAAUCGCUCACUUUUUCCCUCCUGGACACUGUGUCAGUAUCAUUCUCAAGCGAAGCCAAGGCGAAACCCUCCGGAAAACGCCAUGAAUAAAGGCUCCGGAAGAAAACGCCCGCCACCUUCUACUCAGCAGAAUGCUUCUCCGGCGAACCCUCCUCCAAAGCACCAUGCGGGGGCUUCCCUGGAAGACGAAUUUCUCGACGAGGACGUUUUCCUCGACGAAACCCUCAUCUCCGAGGACCAAGAAUCCCUCAUUCUCCGCCAUCUCCAGGACCGCCAGGCCCUCGCCUCACGCCUCUCCAAGUGGGUCCGACCUCCUCUCUCCGAUUCUUACCUCUCUCAGUCCCAGAGCGUUGUUUUUCAGCAAUUGGAAAUUGAUUAUGUGAUCGGAGAGAGCCAUAGACAAUUGCUGCCGAAUUCAUCUGGACCUGCUGCUAUCAUCAGAAUCUUUGGCGUUACUAGGGAAGGACAUAGUGUUUGCUGCCAUGUUCAUGGGUUUGAGCCAUAUUUCUACAUCAUGUGCCCUCCAGGAAUGGGGCCUGAUGAUAUAUCCCACUUUCUUCAAAUUCUAGAGGGGAGGAUGAGAGAGGCCAAUAGGAACAGUAGAGUACCCAGAUUUGUCCGUCGUAUUGAAUUGGUGCGGAAGGGGAGUAUUAUGUACUACGACCAGCAGGAUUCUCAUCCCUUUCUCAAAAUUGUCGUUGCUUUGCCAACAAUGGUGGCCAGCUGUCGUGGUAUACUCGACAGAGGUAUUCAAAUUGAUGGCUUGGGUAUGCAGCAAUUCAUGACAUAUGAAAGCAAUGUUCUUUUUGCUCUCCGUUUCAUGAUCGAUUGCAACAUUGUUGGUGGCAACUGGAUUGAAGUUUCUGCUGGAAAAUAUUCAAAGGCAGCCAAGAAUUUGUCUUACUGCCAAUUAGAGUUUGAUUGCCUAUAUUCAGAUAUUAUGAGCCACCCCCCAGAAGGAGAAUUUUCAAAGAUGGCUCCAUUUCGUAUUUUAAGUUUUGAUAUUGAGUGUGCUGGCCGUAAAGGUCACUUUCCUGAGCCCAAUCAUGAUCCUGUCAUCCAGAUGGCCAACUUAGUGACCUUGCAGGGAGAGAACCAGCCAUUAAUCCGUAAUGUUAUGACCCUCAAGUCAUGCUCUCCUAUAGUUGGUGUUGAUGUGAUGUCAUUUGAUUCAGAAAAAGAAGUCUUGCUAGCUUGGAGGGAUUUUAUUCGUGAAGUGGACCCUGAUAUCAUAAUUGGAUAUAACAUCUGCAAGUUUGAUCUGCCAUAUCUCAUUGAGAGAGCUGAGGCCUUGGGAAUAGCUGAAUUUCCAAUACUGGGUCGUAUCAGAAACAGUAGGGUUAGGGUCAAAGAUACAACUUUUUCUUCAAGGCAGUACGGAACGAGGGAAAGUAAAGAAGUAUCAAUUGAAGGGAGAGUCCAAUUUGAUUUGCUCCAGGUUAUGCAACGUGAUUAUAAAUUAAGUUCUUAUUCAUUAAAUUCUGUUUCAUCACACUUUCUUUCAGAGCAGAAAGAGGAUGUCCACCAUUCUAUAAUAUCUGAUCUCCAGAAUGGGAAUGCAGAAACUAGGAGACGGCUUGCUGUGUAUUGUCUGAAGGAUGCUUAUCUCCCACAGCGCCUUUUAGACAAAUUGAUGUUCAUGUACAAUUAUGUGGAGAUGGCUCGAGUCACGGGUGUUCCCAUCUCUUUUCUUCUUUCCAGAGGGCAAAGUAUUAAGGUACUUUCUCAACUUCUUAGGAAGGCAAAACAAAAGAAUCUUGUUCUUCCUAAUGUCAAACAGGCAGGAUCUGAACAAGGAACAUAUGAAGGAGCCACUGUUUUGGAGGCCAAGGCGGGAUUUUAUGAAAAGCCGAUUGCAACAUUGGAUUUUGCAUCUUUGUAUCCAUCAAUUAUGAUGGCAUAUAAUCUAUGUUACUGCACAUUGGUGAAACCUAAAGAUCUUCGUGAAUUGAAUCUGCCUCCAGAAUGUCUUAACAGAACUCCAUCCGGCGAAACAUUUGUUAAACCAAAUUUGCAGAAGGGAGUACUUCCUGAAAUUCUUGAAGAACUUUUAGCUGCUCGUAAGAGAGCAAAAGCAGACUUGAAGGAAGCAAAGGAUCCCUUGGAGAAGGCAGUGUUAGAUGGUCGACAGCUCGCCUUAAAGAUAAGUGCAAAUUCUGUGUAUGGAUUUACUGGAGCAACUAUUGGCCAAUUACCAUGUUUAGAGAUAUCUUCUAGUGUCACAAGCUAUGGUCGACAAAUGAUUGAGCACACAAAAAAACUUGUCGAAGAUAAAUUCAACAAGUGCGGGGGAUAUGAUCACAAUGCUGAGGUCAUAUAUGGAGACACAGACUCGGUUAUGGUGCAAUUUGGUGUGUCUACUGUGGAAGAAGCAAUGAGCUUAGGUAGAGAAGCAGCUGAGCAUAUCACAGGAACUUUCAUAAAGCCUAUCAAACUAGAGUUUGAGAAGGUUUACUAUCCAUACCUUCUGAUAAGCAAGAAGAGAUAUGCUGGUCUGUUGUGGACAAAACCGAACAAGUUUGACAAAAUGGACACCAAAGGUAUUGAAACUGUUCGAAGGGACAAUUGUUUAUUGGUAAAAAAUCUGAUAACUGAGUGUCUGCACAAGAUACUAAUUGACAGGGAUAUCCCUGGUGCAAAACAAUAUGUCAAGAACACAAUUUCAGAUCUUCUUAUGAACCGCAUGGAUUUGUCGCUAUUGGUUAUCACUAAGGGUCUGACGAAGACUGGAGAUGAUUAUGAAGUGAAGGCAGCUCAUGUGGAGCUUGCUGAGCGCAUGCGUAAGACACUGAAUUUUGUCUCUGGAACACAAAGAUUCUUACUCUAUUUCCCAUCUGAGCAGAGAGAUGCUGCCACUGCUCCUAAUGUUGGGGAUAGGGUACCUUAUGUCAUUGUCAAAGCCGCAAAAGGUGCCAAGGCAUAUGAGAGGUCAGAGGAUCCCAUCUAUGUGCUUGAGAAUAACAUUCCAAUUGACACUCAAUACUAUCUUGAAAAUCAAAUUAGCAAGCCGCUCUUAAGAAUUUUCGAUCCCAUUUUGCCAAAUGCAAGCAAGGAGCUUCUCCAUGGAAGUCAUACCAGAUCCAUCUCCAUCUCAACACCCUCAAACAGUGGCAUAAUGAAAUUUGCAAAGAAACAACUUAGUUGCAUCGGUUGCAAAGCUCUAUUAAGCAAUACAGACCGAACUCUCUGCUCACACUGUAAGGGGAGGGAGGCUGAACUCUACUGCAAAACUGUGGCUAGUGUGUCUGAGCUAGAAAUGCUUUUUGCAAAGCUCUGGACACAGUGCCAGGAGUGCCAAGGCUCUCUUCAUCAGGAUGUUCUUUGCACAAGUCGGGAUUGUCCAAUAUUUUAUCGGAGGAAGAAGGCACAGAAGGACAUGGCUGAAGCAAGAACGCAACUAGACCGCUGGAGUUUUUGAAGUUUUUAAUUGGUACUUUUUUACAGGCUUUUGUAGAGUAGCCCUUUUUUGAGAUUGUUUACCCACAUAUGGAUGCACUGCUAUGUACACAAUUAUAUUUCUGUGCGGUCUGCUAAUCAAAUUAGCGUUUUGUAAUUAAUUAAUGGAAAAAUUAUAGGAUUUCUGUGCAGUCUGCUAAACAGAUUAGCAUUUUUGUAAUAAGUUUAUUGUGAAAACGAUAUGGAAGGGCUGGAUUUAAGCUGCCAGCCUCUUACAAGUAAAGGCUUACUACGACUACUACUAUUAUUAUUUUUUGGGUAA